GUUAAAAGCUGCUCAUAUAACAAGAAUAUGAAUGAGGACCAUAUCAUUUAACUUGGAAGUACUCGCGCUUGUCGUGUUGUCUCUUAUACCGUGGCCAGGUCCAACUGUUUUCAAGAUAUCCUGUCCAAGGGACCAUGCAUCUGUUGUCAGGAAGCUGGUACAGAAGAAAUGGGUUCCUGUGUUAGAGAAAUACCAGGUCCAGAUUCCUGUGGAAUGCCCUUUUCAUCCCAUUCGCGAUAUAUACUGGCCACAACAGUCUGCCAAGCAGCAGCAUCGACCUUCACAGUGGACCUGUGGUAUAUGUGGAAAGUCUUUCUAUGAGGAGAAAUUUCUAGACAUGCACUUUGACCACAGACACAAGAACCAAAUCAACAUGGCUGAAGAUGCUGUCUGCUUAGCUGAUUACUGUGACAUAAUGAGGUGUGAAGUGUUGAUGACUCAAGAAGUAGGGAGUCCAAUCAUGGGAGACCCAACUCACAUCAAUACUGAUCUAGAAAUUUGGAGUGAAGCGACGGCAUAUCGAACAGCAUUAUCACCAUCAGGGCCACGGGAUUUGGCACGUGUCUUAUUGCGAGGAGGGUUGUUUCCUCCUGAAAGACAAUCUCAGCCACCUCCAGCUCAGGCUCAAUAUCAUCACUGCCCAAGGGCAGCUACUCCUGACAUGCCGACUGCACCCAAUCAGCCGAUACAGCCACCUAGUGAUGAUGACAAUGCGACAGCAGAUAUGUGUGACAAUAGCAAUCUGGUAGAUUCUGCUCUGCCUCCAGCAGAUCACAAACAGCAACACCUUAGUGAAUUACAAAAACUCAAGGCCAAUUGCAAGCCUGAAGAGCUUCAGAAGCUUAAGUUGCGAUGUGAGAUUUUGGUUCGUGACUGCAUAGCUGGUUUGCUGGUUAACCUCUCAAUUCAGGAUUUUAAGGAGGUUGAAGAGGAACUAAACCAUGCAGUCUGUUGGUACCUGACAUGUGAUCGCUACUGGGAAGACACACCAGGAGAAACCAGACAUUUUCCUUGGGGUCUGGUUUUUGUUCUUGUGAUGGUGCUGUCUCUUGGAAUAUGUUUAUGCUACUACAUCAUUUGGGUGCUUUUUGACUCAGAUGACAUGAGCAUUGCUAGUACAAGUACUACUGCCACUGCCACAUCAUCUCCAGUUCACCAUGUGAACUCCACCAACAGUGGACCCUGCUAUUCUGAAGAAUAUUACACAGUGCCAGAUCUCAAUGACAUGGGGCAGAAUGAGCAUUAUAUUUAUGUGACGUAUCCACCAGAGCUUAAAAGAAGAUUGCUGGAAAGCUGCUACAACCGAACCACACGGCUGUGACAGAUAUGUGCUCAACAAGUCUGGGGAAGAGAUAGGCAAGAAGGCAAAAUUUAUUAUUUUGCAAAUAUGAAGACAGUGAACAAUGAAACUUCAAGCAAUGGAUGUAGUCUGGAGUACAUACUCUGAAAACAUGUUUAGAAAUACUUCAAAAAUAGGCUGUAAAUUUUUGGAAUUUAAAUAUAGGGGCUUCUUAUACAUUUCAAAAUAAUGCCCACAUAGAUUAAAGUUCGGAAUGGAAAUUAAUGGUUAGUACUGUUACUGCCUGGUAACUUUAGCCGCCCGGAAAGGCAAACACUGUUGUGGGGCAUGCGAAGCUAUACCCUUGCUGUGGGGCCAUUCAGAGCUACUCCCCAAGUGGAAAACAUUGCCUAUGGAGACCAGGAGUAGUACUAUACACCUGACCACACUCCAAGACGCUACAUUCCAAACUGGUAGUACCCACGCUGACAUAGGCUGACAAGACUGCUCUCCCCCACUCCGCGAGAGAUGGUAUGACGAGGCAGUAACAGUAUGUAAUUUAAAGCUACCAUCAAUUUCCAUUGCUAUUCUGGAAGUACCCUCUGUGCAGACAGUCUUCAAAGCACAUUCAUAGCCUGAAUCUGUUGUUUUAUUUCCAUAUAUCUGUGUCUGUAUAUGUGCUAAUGAAGACUAAAGUGACACACUCGUGACUGUGCAAAACAGCAAACUAACUUUCCUUUUGUGUAUUUUACUUCAAGCUAGGACUACAUAUUUUCUCAGGUGUAUAUACAUAAAUAAGAGACUUUGUAAAAAUGUUUUAAAGUACUGAAACAAAUGUGCUCCCCUUCAGGGGUGGGGGGGAUAUAUAUAAGGGUUGGAUAAAAAGUAGUGGCAACACUGCUGUAACAUGAAAGAUGUGCGUCAGGUGGC